CAGCACCUCUACUUUGCAUUCCCGGCCGCAAAGGCAAAGCUGUCGUUUCAGCUACAGCAGCCGUCACAGCAGGUUGCGCCAGGAGAACGUGAAGGGAGCUCUUAAGAAUCUCUUUGGAAUCCUGGCAUUCUUUAGACUUUUACAAUCAGCACUAAGUCGUUCUUCUCACUUCUCGGAAUGAUUCUCGCUCUGGUUGCCAGUGUCAUCGUGUCUUCGGUGGCUUCGAACAAGAUUCUGCAUGCGAAAGAGGAGCAAGCCUUAAGCAUUCCAGAGUGGCCUUCCGUCGGCGAGGAAAAACCGCAGCAACUCGAGGACUUGCCUCUAUAUCAGCCGACAGUUGCAGACCCUCUGGACUUGAUCAAGCAUCCGCCAACGACAGUUUCAGCUCCGUACAUUGAGCCUGUUCCCAUAAACAACGAGUAUAGAAAGGUGUACAAAGUACGAGGAGACUACGAUAUCAGAAUGAAGGACGUUAAUAAAAGAGCCAAGGAAAGAAAAAAACAAGACGACCUCGAUAAAAAUUUGCCUGGCGAAGGCGCAACAGACUCGACGAAUUCAACUGCAUCGAAUGAUGACAAGGAUUCUCGACUUCAGACGCGCCGUAUUCCCGGCUUGAAGCGACCUCCCAGACCUCACAGUAGGGAACGAUAUGACGUAGGUCGCAGGAACAUGCCGAGGCCUUCAUCGGACCCGGAUCGUCGCCACCAUAGGCGGGAUCCUGGUUAUGAGCCCGAGCCGGGGUCACUUCCAAGCACAUCGUCGAGAAGACCCAUGCGGCAACCAGGCGACAAUGGUGUGCUGUGGAGCGCACGGCGAGGUGCGCGGACGCCCAACAGGCGUCGAGGAGCGGCGGGGCGCAUCACCACGCCCGCCAAGCCCGCCGAUACGUGGCCCCCAUUCUCGAUUGAAUUAAAACAUGGCGUGAAGAUUUUGUCUGAGCCGGGUUCGAGGCCCCAGCAAGGGCCGCUUCCGAAGCAUGAGACACCGUCAUUGCUGCCACGAGAGGCGUCCGAGGGCGCAGGCACACAACAAGGAACGGAUGUCAAGGACGAUCCGAUAUCUGUGCACAUGACGGAAGCGUUUGCCCAAGAACCGCUCAUGCCUUACGAUAAAGUUGUAGAUGAAGACACCACGGAAGCGGUAGAUGUGAGCCGACUCGUUCAAGAGAAUGCCUUUGACUUCAGGCUGCGCGAACUCGAGAAGCAGCAAGAGCUGGCCGAAUCAAAAACGCUUUUGAACGAUGGCGACGAGCCAGACCCGAGCUUAAGUCCUGUAGAAGAAUAUUCGAAUGAAGAACGCGACGAAGAAAACAAUGUGAGCCUGAUUGGGCAACAACCGAUAAUUACUUCGCCUCUGGUGCCCCAGAAGCCAAGCGCUACAGCCGAGGGUGACCAGAUAGUGGAAAUCGAGGACUUGGGCUUCGAGCUCGCACCAAAAAAGAACGCCUCUUCGUCACAGGGACGGCUGUUGGUCCCCAUCGUGGACGAUUCCUUCGAGACGGACGAACUUGCCAAUGCUACACUGAACGCGACCAUACAGACUCCACUAGAUGGCGAUGUUAUCGACGACGAACUCGCCAACCUUACUCUGACAGAUGCCAAGAUGAAGCGCCGCAAGUACUCGAUUGCAUUGCGCAAUCGGCUUGCGAACGAAACACUUUACAACGACUGGUCGAACACCACUAGUUCGUCAGGAGCAAGACUAACCAGGCAGUCUGUGGAGCCGAACCUGGACAUGGAAAACCGGAACACCUCAAACAAGUUAAUCUCAGGCUCUUCUGUACAAGUUCGGUCUGGAAAAAGAAGAAACAGUCGCAGAGGCAUGGCAAAUGUGAAGUCCACGAACGAUACUCUAAAGGUCAGCAGGACGAAUGGCACAGACGCAAGCAGGGCGGUAUUAACUACAAUUGCACCGAAAAUAAUUCAAGAUGUACGCACUACAAAGCUUGUGAUGACAAACGGUACCCGAAAAUUGAGGAGAAAGAAAGUCAUAAGCGUUAACAGGACAGUGCUAACUACAAUGCCUCCAAUUAAAAUUCAAGAUGACGGCGCUAAAAGGCUUAUGAUGGCGAACCGUACCAAACAAGUCAAGAGAGAGAAGGUUAAAUGCGGAAACAGGACAGGACUCACUACAAUGCCUCCAAUAAAACUUCGAAGUGUAGGUGCGACAAAGCUUAAGCUGGAGAACAAUCUUGGCAAAGUCACAAGAAAGAAUGUUACUGGUGAAAAUAACACACUGGUACAUACACGGUCCCGAAUCGAAGCUCAUGGUGCAGGAAGAAGGAAAGGACGCGACAAUUCAAACACAACUUGGUUAUCAUGGGCUGCGAGGACAAGCAAGAGCACAAGAAAGGUAUGGGGAACGCAAGCUACUACGGCAAAAAGUAAAGAUGUACUUCCCAAGGAAACAACAUUUUCAUGGAGCAAUAUUUACUCUGACCCGGUGAACGAAACAGAAGGUAGCCAUUCGAGCAACUGCACGAUGAUUUUGCCCAAAAAUCACCCGCCCCUUACGCAUCAAGCUGACGCCAGCCACGUCAUCUCGCAAUGGAAAUAUUUCGAAGAUAAUGUGCGAUCCCUACUGCCAAACGAGACGACGACUCCUCAAGAACUGCGCAAUACUGUUACUACACUUAGAAAUUAUAUUAUACAGAGCAGUCUUCCACGCUGGAGCAUCGACUCCGACUACUUUAGAAAAGCCGGAGUGCUCAUAAGUCUGUUUCCCCAGUCAAAGAGGGGAGUCCCCGUCAAUUUCCUCUUUUACUCUCGCAACAGCUCCAUAACUCCGAUUACACUGCAAAGUGACGCGAAAUCUCUUCAAGCUGUUUCCCUUUACCCAGACAGCAAACUGCAAGUAAUCUUCCACGACUUUGACCAAGGCGCCUCGGAGCGCUGGGUGAAACAACUCAAGGACGCUCUCUUGAAAGAGGGCAAUUGCAACCACGUUCUGGUUGUGGGCUGGCGUCAAGCUGCGUCUCGAAACUACUGGACGGCCGUGGCCAACUCGCGACCCGUGGGACGCAAGCUAGCGUGCCUGCUGCGGCGGCUGAGAGACGAGCGGGGCCUGCGGCUGAGCAACGUGCACCUUGUGGGGCUCGGACUGGGAGCGCACGUGGCCCGAUACGCCGCCGUCUCGGUCAUCCACAAGCUGUGCGAGAGGGUCGGCCGCGUCACAGGCUUGGACGUGUCGGCUCCACUCUUCGAAGAAUUUGGAGAGACGUUGAACGCGGCAGCGGCCGAGUACGUGGAUCUCAUUCACACCAGUGCGGACUUCGUUGGCGGCCUUCGAGGACAGAUAGCGGCGACCGGCCACGUGGACUACUACACCUCCGGCGUCUUCUCACCGAAGAGCUGCAUCUUGUCUAGGAAGGAUUUCCGGAGAGACUGCGACCGUGCCCAGAGCGCCGAGCUGUUCGUGAAAUCCGUACGCGACGGGUGCGGCUACCGGUCUACCUCGUGCGAAUUCUGGAGCACCGCUGACACGUGCAGCGGGUGCGGCCCGCGUGGCUGUGGCCACAUGGGCUUCCGCUCACCCAGUGCCAACGGCACGGGUCCCCAGUUCCUUCCCAUGCGCAUGCCAACACUCAGCUGCGAAGACAAGCCCGUGGUCGCUCGCUGAGCAUUCCGGCCUGAGCGCUAGCGUUGCGUGUGUACUGGCGCAACUUGGCAAACUCUGAGCAAUUCCUUUGGCCUUUUCGGACCAUACAAAGUCUCGUUUGCUAUGUAGCAGUGCGCGUUAGUAUUGGGUCGUUCAUACGUGUUCAUAUUAAAUGGUUAAGCCGUUUUGUAAUUUUCAUCUCCUGCUAUAUCAAUACUUACAGGUGUCGAAACGCCAAUAUACCUUUGUCCAUUUAACUAAUUAGCCCAGUGUGACAAAUAACCGAAAGCGCCGUGUCCUAUCUUCUUCCUGGGGUCUCUUUUGCUGUACCCUAGUCUGUUCGACGAGUGAUGUCGGCGGCAUACCGAUGAGGCGUAGCAUCUUGCCCUGUCAGAGUUACGAUCCGGAGUUCAAGCUCCAAAAUCGCGAUAACUACGAACUGUAUACACGGCCUAAAAUCGACCCCACCACCCUGCGGUGGCUCUACCUCGGUGCGCUCGAAAGUCCCGCACUCAGCCCAGCACACGUUAAGGCAACUAGAAACAUCUGACGCGACGUAUUAGGUUAUCUUUGCUCUCAUGGUGACAAAUGCGAUAUACUUAAAGAAAAAGAAGGGGGGGGGGGGAGCCUCAACGAACAACUUAGCACUGGUUUCGACCGUCUGAGGACUCUACCCUAUUAGGCCCUCCUGGGAGAAAAAAAGUCGGGCAAUGAAGCAAGCUGAGUCCGGUUGCCUACCCUGCACUGGGGAAGGAGUAAGGGAACUGACAGUGACAGCUAGAUGAGAAGGAGGAUAGGAGUUCACACUUUGCACGGAUACACAAUGAAGCGUUCGUCAAUGAAAUGCCAUCACCGCUGCCGAGAACUGAACCUCAAUCCUUCUGCUCAAUCGAUUAAAAACAUAGUCGCUCAUACAACGUUGUAAGCCAACGUGAGUGAUCCUGCUGGAGCGCGAACUAUAAUUGCGAACUAUAAAUUUAUUAGAGAAUAAAGGUGAUUGAGGCAAGACUGCAAUAAACUUCCACUAAUUCUUGAAUUGAUGUGAUUUUUAUAGCGCCAAAGCAAAAAUGAAAACUUGCGUUUAGAUUGCUUUGAAAAACAAUCAAAUACACGUCAGAAAAGUUUUUCUUAGGGAUUCGUGCGAAGUGCAUUAUAACCGGGAAAAAAAAUCAUGUUACAUUCUUUUGCAUAAGAAAUUCAUACAAGCAAUGCAAAACACUAAAUAAUCAGACUACGCAUGCACGUCGUCCUUGCGUACGGUGAGGAGUGCAAUGGAAAUUUUACUAAUUACGAAGUGACCACAUAGCACUAGAGAGCAUCACGCUUCAGAAAACCCCCAUAGGCGUUUUUGCAUAGCGGGGCCACGAAUGCUGCGGAUAUUGAACACGGCUCCUAUUAUCGGUGCUCUAAUCUCCCAUCCAGCUGCACAGGAGGCCUGACAAGUUUAUUACGUUAAAGAUACGAUCGAUACCGACUAGUCUCUUUUGCCAUGAUUUCACAACUUGGGUCACCUCUGCGUGCGGAAAGACGCAUGCUUGUUUUGACUGCUCGAUGAAUAGAGUGGGAUGAGUCUAUCCAACGAUGUCGUGCCGGGGAAAAUUAAUAAUUUGGGGCCAAGUUCACAAAGCUUUUCGUUCGUAUGCGCUGUUUACCAUUGGUCGGCCGUUCUUACGCCAACGUCUGUACAACAGCCUGCGUGCUUGUGUGCGUGUGUGGGCGCGUGGGCGCCGCGUGCGCGCGUGUGUAUGUGUUGUGAGGGAGGGAGGGGGGGGGGGGCAGUCAUACGCGCGAUCUAGGAAGCCACGGUGAUGGUGUAUGUGUGUGUUGGUACGCUGGCUUUAAGUCUCGGAACCGGAUGUUGCUCGACAUGCUGAAUAAGCAGUGCCGAAGAUUGUGGAGAUUGUGAGUGAACACUGCAGCCCUAAUGUUUCCUACGUUUGUCGAUAAUACGUUGAGACUACCCAAGAAAAAGUAAAAUACAAGCACUAAGACACCAGGGGCGUAGCCAAAGGGAGGGGAGGCACACCGGGAACAUGCCCCCCCCCCUCCCCUACCUCUUGAAUAUUUAUGUGUUAAGGGUGGCCGCCUGCACAGCCUCCCUUCUACGUUCCCCUUCCUCGCUCAAGUGCAUCGCCCCCUAACCCCGAAAAAAAUCCUGGCUACGCCACUGUGCCUGUCAGUGUGUAUCUAACCUCUAUCACGCCAACAUUAAAGGAGUCAUUUUUUAAUUGAAAAGCGCAGUGAAAGGGGUUUGGAACAUAUGCUCAAACUGUACUAGACUUGGCAUCGGUCCACAUUUUUUGUUAGGCAGACAGAUAAUGGCAGGUUCAAAAGCGCCUGAAGGUUCCAAAGAAUGCUAAUCGAAAUAAAAACCCUGAUGUUUUUCACA